AUGGCUGCUCAACAAUCGCAAGGCAUUCAGACGCUGCUUGAGGCAGAGAAAGAGGCUGCAAAGAUCAUCGCGCAAGCUCGCCAGUAUCGGGUCCAGAAGCUGAAAGAUGCGCGCUCGGAGGCGCUGAAAGAGAUUGAGGAGUAUAAGAAGGCUAAGGAGCAGGAGUUCAAGGCUUUCGAAUCUUCGCACGCCGGCGUGAACCAAGAAGCGCAAGCCGCUGUGGACAAGGAAACCGAAGCCAAGCUCCAGUCCAUCACCAGCUCUUAUGAGGCCCAGAAAGACGCGGUAGUAAAGAAGCUGUUGGACCGCGUCGUCCUAGUCAAGCCUGAACUUCACCGUAACCUCAAGAAAGCCGGUCAAUAG